AGUGCCUAUGGCGAACCUGACAGGUCGCCCCCACUCCCAUGCAGAGGCCUGGCCUUGGGGGGACGGGGGUGUCGCGUAGUAUUGCAGAAGGUGCAGCUGGACCGUGACCGGCCCGGUGUGGGCUUAGGCUGCCGGCGCAGGCCGCCUGCCGUCCUGCUGGGCUCCUCCGUGUAUGUUUGGGGUGGGGAGGCCUCUGGAGCUAGGGUGCGAAUUGUGACAGCUUCCCCCUGCAGGGAGGUCGUUCCCCCGUGGGGGUUGUGAGGCUGAUCGCCGAGAAAAAUAACAUCGCUGUUCCUGUUUCCUUCUGUGGGCAUCAAGCAUUUAAGUGCCUUGAUUUCUAGGCAUUGGUAACAUGGCAAAAGAUGCUGGACUAAUUGAAGCCAAUGGAGAGCUUAAGGUUUUUAUAGACCAAAACCUUAGUCCCGGAAAAGGGGUUGUUUCAUUAGUGGCUGUUCAUCCUUCUACAGUAAAUACACUUGGAAAACAGCUCCUGCCAAAAACGUUUGGACAGUCUAAUGUCAACAUUGCACAGCAAGUGGUUAUUGGUACACCUCAGAGACCUUCAGCGCCAAAUACUAUCCUGGUAGGAAGUCCACAUACACCCAAUUCACACUUUGUAUCACAGAACCAGACUGCAGACUCUUCGCCUUGGUCUGCUGGGAAGCGCAACAAAAAAGGAGAGAAGAAUGGCAAGGGUUUGCGACACUUCUCUAUGAAGGUUUGUGAGAAGGUACAGAGAAAAGGAACCACCUCAUACAAUGAGGUGGCGGAUGAAUUGGUUGCAGAGUUUAGUACCACGGAUAAUCAUAUUUCACCAAAUGAAUCACAGGCUUAUGACCAGAAGAAUAUUAGACGACGUGUCUACGAUGCCUUAAAUGUCCUUAUGGCUAUGAACAUUAUCUCUAAGGAGAAGAAGGAAAUCAAAUGGAUUGGUCUACCUACUAACUCGGCUCAGGAAUGUCAGAAUUUAGAGGUGGAGAGACAGAGAAGACUUGAAAGAAUAAAGCAAAAACAGUCUCAGCUACAAGAACUUAUUCUACAGCAAAUUGCCUUCAAGAACCUAGUUCAACGAAAUCGUCAAACAGAACAACAGGCAAACCGACCACCGCCUUCCAAUUCUGUCAUACAUCUGCCAUUUAUCAUUGUGAACACCAGCAAGAAGACCGUGAUCGAUUGUAGUAUUUCAAAUGACAAGUUUGAAUAUCUAUUUAAUUUUGACAAUACUUUUGAAAUUCAUGAUGAUAUAGAAGUACUAAAGCGAAUGGGAAUGGCUUGUGGGCUAGAAUCUGGAAGCUGUUCAGCAGAGGACCUAAAAAUUGCAAGGAGUUUGGUUCCUAAAGCUCUGGAACCAUAUGUGACAGAAAUGGCUCAGGGAUCAAUCAGCAGUGUAUAUGUAACAACGUCCUCAGGUUCCACUUCAGAGGUCACUAGAUUUUCUGCCAGUGACUUCACCAAUGGUGGAGAUGGGAUGUUAGCAACAAGUUCCAAUGGAUCGCAGUACAGUGGCUCCAGAGUUGAAACACCAGUCUCUUAUGUUGGAGAUGAUGACGACGAGGAUGAUGACUUUAAUGAAAAUGACGAUGAUGACUGAUCCUUUUUGAUUGUAUACUUUUCAGGAAUAAAAUUAUUCUAGGGAGAGAAUGCACUCACGCGCUCUCUCUCUCGCUCUCUCUCUUUCUCAAAAUAAAUAUAUAUAUAAUAUAUAUAUAUAUUUUGCCCCGUCCCACAAGGAAAAUAAUGGUAAGCAGUUCUGAGUUUAGAAAUUGCGCCUCAGAUAAGCAAAUAAGGAUGUUUUAUGUAGGAUAUUUUUAAAUGUGGUGUGGAUGUGUGUUUUGAUACCAGUGUGUUAAUGCAGAGCCUUUAUUAUUUGCUCCUUUUUUUUUUUAACUUGAAGGAAAAUGCAUUUUGCCCCAAAUGUUAUUGCUGAGUUUGCUAAAGAAAAUGUAGCCACAUCAAUGAAGAAAUAAAAUGCUAACUUUCAGUAAGAAAUGGAUAUACUGAAUGGCCAUAAAUUUGGAGUGUAUUUUGAUGACAGCCUUUGUUGCGGGAUGGCAAGCUCAUGUAGUAGUUGUGGGUUUUGUUUUGUUUUUUUGAUAAUCAUGCAGUGUCCAAAGAACCAAACAAGAGAUCCAUCUUACUUUUUUACAUGUUAAAUUCCAUAAAUGUUGAUGUGAAUUUAUUUUCCCUUAAAUAAUAUCUAACACGAUUCCAUCAAGUUUAUAUGCUGUUUUUCACUGUAUGUUGGGACAUAUGAAUUACGAAGUUUUUGGCAAAUGUUUACUGCCAGCUGAUGCAGCUAUAUAAAAUGUCUUGAAGGUUCGGAAUGAGUUAUUGCUUAUGGUAAAAAUUGCCUGAUUUCUUACAGGCAGACUUUGGAAACUUUUUAUUAUAUAGUUGUUUACAUACUUAUAAGUCUAUCAUAUAAAGACAUGUACUGAAACAAAUGUUUGUAUUUGUUUCAUAAGCAUCUUCCUGUAAUCUAUUAUAAAGUUGAAAUUAAAUAUAGAGAAUGUUUUAAGUUUUUUAACUCAAAAUUGUCAAUCAUUUUUAAUAGUUCAUUUUUUAUAAAAGGAAUUUCAGGGCAGGUGGUAGUCUUUUAAAAUUUAUUCACAAAACAUUUAACUGCACAAAUACUGUCAGCUGCCUAUCUAAGACAGUAGUCUUUUUAUUGAAACACAAAUAAACUUUUCUGUAAUAUUUUAUGGAAUAUAAAAAGACUUUAAUUGUUUGACUUGUUUAACCUUGGCACUGUUAGUUUUUAUUAAUAAAACGCGCAUGGGCAUUUUUAACAAA